AUGGAUCUCCACUCCCAACUACAGGCCGCCUGGUCUCAUGCCACCACAACAUACAGACCGGGCACGAUCGAGUUCGCGGCAAUUAUCUUGGUUCAGAUCGUCGGAUUUCUCAUUCCUGCAUCGUUCUACUUGCUGAUUGACACUCUGUUCCCGAAAUUCUCCCAGCGCCACAAAAUCCAAGACGCCCGCCGCCAACCAACCCGUCAACAGAUCCUGCACUGCGUGAAAGUGACCUUGUUUAAUCAUGUCUGGUCAGUUGCGCUCGCCGGCCUGAUGCUCUCCUUCACAGGGCUCGACCACGCAAUUACGAAUCUGGACCCGAUCGUGCCCCCGUUCAAGACAUUCCUCGUGGAUUUCGCAUUCGGAUUGCUAGCACGAGAAAUCUCAUUCUACUAUGUUCACCGCGCCCUCCACCACCCCAGUGUCUACGUCUAUAUCCACAAGAUGCACCACAAAUACACGGCGCCAGUGGCUUUCGCAGCCGAGUAUGCCCAUCCGGUCGAGCAUCUUCUCGCCAAUGUCUUACCCAUUACGCUUCCGCUAUACCUCAAGGGCGCGCACAUGCUAUCCCUCAUGGCCUUUGUUCUCUUUGAGCUCUGGGAGGCGGCGGCAGACCAUAGCGGAUAUGACUUCUUGAAGCUUCCGCCAGCGGAAAUCCAUGACUUGCAUCAUGAGAAGUUCCGCGUGAACUACGGGACUAUUGGCUUGAUGGAUUGGAUUCAUGGGACGGAUGUGGUGGGGUGGGAUCUCCCUAAGAAGAAUGAGAUAAAGAGGAUGGAGUGA